CCAAGUGGGUGUCUAUGGCUCAGCUUCCAGGAAAUGCAAGAGUGAAAUGAAAACAUGCGUCGCCAACUGGACUACAGCUAACCGAUGACAGAGACUGAGACAUGUUGUCGCUUGUUUUAAAUGCUGCUACGGUAUUCUUAACAUUGGCUGGAGCGACAGUGGUUGUAGCUGUGCUCAGCGAUCCCAGAAAUGUCCGUCUAACCUCCACGAACAUGAAUUUGGUACUGAGGUGGGAUUCACCUGAGGGGGACACCAGCGACCUUCUCUACACCACAGAAUGCAAGACCUCUGUCCGAAUGUGUCACGUGGGUUGUGUGAACAUCUCAACCCAUGAAUGUGACUUCAGCAACCUCAGCACCUCCCUCAGUGUGUAUGGAAGGUAUAUAGCCAGAGUGCGGGCACAGCGAGGGGCAGAGAGCUCUUCUUGGGUGGAAAGUAAACCGAUCACCUUGGAGAGUGAUACUGUGAUUGGUUCACCCAACGUGUUGCUCUUUUCGAAUGGAGCUACAAUUGAAAUUGCGAUUAAAGAGCCGGCAUUUGCAAUCUCAGACUUCAGGAGCGUCUAUACUACUGCCAGCUACAACAUCACCUACUGGAAAGAUGGCCAGAAUAAAAAGGCAAGAAGCAUCAGCAGUGACCGAAGAAACCGAAUGUUUCUAAAUGACCUGGAACCCUGGAGCAAGUAUUGUGUCCAGGUACAAAUCAUUGCAGAAGGGAACACCAAGCCCAGCAAGCCGAGCAGUCCAGUUUGUGAGAGCACCACCAGUGUGAGAGCAGAGCUGCCUCCACCACAGAAUGUAGCCUUGAUUACCUUGAACACCAAUUACACACUGAAGUGGGACUGGGACGAGACUGCUUCAAAGAGUCGAGAUGUUUCUUUCUCUGCAGAAUAUAUGGCGAUAUACAAGCUAGAAUCCAAGACAAGACACAACUGGUCUGUUGCCUGUGAUAACUCUCCUUCCAAGUCGUGUGACUUCACCGGGUGUAACCUACUCUAUUUGGGCAUCUACAUGCUUCGUGUGCGCGCCAACAAGAAUUUCAGUCACUCCGACUGGGUGGAAAAAGAAUUUUGUCCUGAUAAGCAUGCUGCAAUUGGUCCACCAUCCAAAGUGGAACUAGCUCCUGCUGAAAACAACCUUGAUGUUUAUAUCUCUCCUCCAUUGACCAGUUCAAACCACUCCAUGAAGGAUACACUUUCAAAAUUGUACUACUACAUUGUGUACUGGGAACAUGGUGUAGACAAGCAGGCCCUGCAACCCCAAAUUGUGAAGACCCUUUCUAACAUGGUGACUUUGCCAGACCUGAAACCUUGGACAUGGUACUGUGUUCGGGUCCAGUCACGUUCUGACUUUCCCAAUAAGAGCAGCAAAUUUUAUUUCCCCCAUUGCAUUCAGACUGAAGGAAUUAUCCCUUGGUGGCAAACUCUUCUGUACUUCCUGGGCUCUUUGAUGAUGAGUGGUUCGACUGUGCUGCUGCUCGUGUUUAUUCUCUUUAGUUGUUACAAGACGUUCAAGGCAACAUUCUAUCCCUUGAUCCAACUUCCACCAUUUUUCCAAAAGAGUCAUCUUGACGGCCUUGGAUCUGAUAUUCCAUGUCUCCUGUCCAUGGAAUCUGAAGCUGAAGGCUUUUGUGAUCAAGUCACAAUAUGUGCAAAGCCCAUGGAUAGUCACUGUCCUUCUUCAAAGGUUCCACCGAUGUCCCCUUUAUGUUUGGAGCCAGCUAGCAGUGGUCGGAACAGUCAUCAGGACAGAAGGUGAAGCAGCGAUUCUGGAGUUUACGCCACAGAAGGCAGGAAAUGCCAACAACAACAGCAGCUAAACAACAGUCAAUCCUCCUCCGAUGACUUCGAUCUGGUGAAAAUGCACAAUGUGACUCCAGGGCACAAUAGUCAGUUUGGGAUUACAUUUGAAGGCGUUAUAGACCUUUGUGCCUGAAGAUGUGCAAUGGGAACUCUGAGGUGAAAAAAAAUAAAAUAAAAAAUCGCAACAAUGGCACAUUUCCCCACAAAAAAAUGUUGUCGUAAUCCAGCGCAUACAACUUAAGAGGGUCCCCUUUAUUGAGAUUCAGGUGUGUUUAUUAUUUUCAGAAAAAUGUAAAAUGUGGUUUUUCUAGUUAUGCUUCUUCCAUCAAGGGCAGAGUAUUAAAUCAUAUCAAAAAUACUUUUUCAAGGUCAGAUUUAAAAAUAUUUUUAAAUUCAUCUGAUGGCUCGAGAACAGUGAUUUCCAAACAUUAUGGAGCCAAGGCACAUAUUUUACAAUUGAAAAAUGUCACGGCACACCAAUAAACAAAAAUGUCACAAAAAGUAGAUGCACAGUCAUUACUGUAUGUACUUCCUGCCAUCUAAUAGAAGAGCAUAUCUUUGUUCUGUCUGUCACUAUGCCUCACUGGCAUAAAUAGAUGAAUAAAUAUACAUUAUUUCUUGGAAAUAAAUUAUUUUUUUGAGUAAAAUUAAGUAAAAUUUGAUCAUUUCCCUCGGCACACCCGAAGAGCGCUCACGGCACACUAAUGUGCCCCGGCACACUGGUUGGGAAUCACUGCUCUAGAACCCAGUUGCAAACCAUAACUGCCAUUUUGAGAUAAUUAUAUAGCAGUUAUACUGCAGUUUAAUCAAUAAAUGUACAGUAACUCAGAAUAUGUCGUCUGCAUUUUCAAUCUAGCAUCCUCCCGUAUUCAGCUAUCGUCGGCUGUGGCACAACAUAAGGCAGUCCCUCCGUUUAUUCGGCAUUAGCGCUCACACACACUGACACAUCAUUGUUCGGUGUAUUGCCGCAUAUUUUGCUAUUUCACUGUUAUAUAUAUAUAUAUAUAAAUAUAUAUAUAUAUAUAUAUAUAAAUAUAUAUAUAUAUAUAUAUAUAUAUAUUUUAUAUAUGUGUGUGUGUGUGUGUGUGUGUGUUUGUGUAUACAGUCCUGCUCACCAUUGCUGGCACACAUGUAGUUUCAGUACUAAAUGUAAAUUAUCUCCUGAAGAAAAUGAAUCAAGGGAAAAAAAAUUCUAUAGAAAACUUGUUUGAUACAAAAGAGCAAGUGAUGAUAAUUUAUGGACAGAUGAAACGAAAAUAGAGCUUUUUAGCAAAACGCACAGUGUCUUGACAGAUUGCACCAUGAAGCCUUUAAGGAAAAGAACACCCUGCAAACAGUCAAGCACGGUGGAGGAUACACAGGGCUGUGGGGCUGCUUUUCUACAUCUGGUACUGGAGCCCUUGACUGCAUCACAGGUAUCAUGAAAUCAGAAAAUUAUAAAAAGAUUUUAGAGCGAAAUGUCUUAGCCAGUGCAAGAAAACUUCAAAGAUCAAAGGUCCUCCAGCAAGACAAAGACCCAAAACACACUGAAAGCUCAAAGGAAUGGUUUCAAAAGAAAGAUUGACUGUUUUAAAAUGGCCAGCAAUGAGUCCUGAUCUCAAUCCAAUUGUACACAACACAUCAAUAUGACCAGAACAAAACAUUUGUGAAUUACAGAGGUUGAAAUCAAGAUAUUUGUUCUGAGAAAAAUGUCUCCUGAACUGCUGUGAUGAUACCUUGAUGUCACUUACAGAAAUGACGUGGGUUUUGUUCUGUUUUGCUUCCAGUGGUCGGAACAGUCAUCAGGACAGAAGGUGAAGCAGCGAUUCUGGAGUUUACGCCACAGAAGGCAGGAAAUGCCAACAACAACAGCAGCUAAACAACAGUCAAUCCUCCUCCGAUGACUUCGAUCUGGUGAAAAUGCACAAUGUGACUCCAGGGCACAAUAGUCAGUUUGGGAUUACAUUUGAAGGCGUUAUAGACCUUUGUGCCUGAAGAUGUGCAAUGGGAACUCUGAGGUGAAAAAAAAUAAAAUAAAAAAUCGCAACAAUGGCACAUUUCCCCACAAAAAAAUGUUGUCGUAAUCCAGCGCAUACAACUUAAGAGGGUCCCCUUUAUUGAGAUUCAGGUGUGUUUAUUAUUUUCAGAAAAAUGUAAAAUGUGGUUUUUCUAGUUAUGCUUCUUCCAUCAAGGGCAGAGUAUUAAAUCAUAUCAAAAAUACUUUUUCAAGGUCAGAUUUAAAAAUAUUUUUAAAUUCAUCUGAUGGCUCGAGAACAGUGAUUUCCAAACAUUAUGGAGCCAAGGCACAUAUUUUACAAUUGAAAAAUGUCACGGCACACCAAUAAACAAAAAUGUCACAAAAAGUAGAUGCACAGUCAUUACUGUAUGUACUUCCUGCCAUCUAAUAGAAGAGCAUAUCUUUGUUCUGUCUGUCACUAUGCCUCACUGGCAUAAAUAGAUGAAUAAAUAUACAUUAUUUCUUGGAAAUAAAUUAUUUUUUUGAGUAAAAUUAAGUAAAAUUUGAUCAUUUCCCUCGGCACACCCGAAGAGCGCUCACGGCACACUAAUGUGCCCCGGCACACUGGUUGGGAAUCACUGCUCUAGAACCCAGUUGCAAACCAUAACUGCCAUUUUGAGAUAAUUAUAUAGCAGUUAUACUGCAGUUUAAUCAAUAAAUGUACAGUAACUCAGAA